AUGCCUCCACAACCAGGAGUCUUCGCCGUAUCCCAUAGCUCAACUCACAAAGUCCGCUCAGGACAGGCCGUUGAAGUGGCCUCGGCCAACACACUCCACUACGAACAGAUUGCGGGCCCUAGCUCCAGACCGCACGGUGCUCCGGGAGAGGAUCCUAAGAAAGACAAGAGGAGGAAGGAGGUAGUGGGCAAGAUCACCAAGGAGAUGGCUGAGCGGAGAGAAGAUAUCGGCCGCCAUUACGCGGAGACCAUAUCAGACCUACACAGUCUCUCCAUCCAGCUCGCUACGCGUCCUGAGACCUCUCCGCAAUACCAGCUCCGUCUGUACCCCAUCUCCUUGGAGCGCGGCGCGCUCCUCUCCUCCAUUGAGCUCCAGGAGCGACAUGCCCUCUCGGUCGUCCAAACCGCAUACGACGAAGAGCGCGAGCGCGUCGAGGAGGAAUGGAAACGCGGACGCGACCGCAUCCGCGAACGCAUGCUCGAGGGCAUCGAAGAUCGCCGGCGUCGCGCGCGCGAGGAAAAAGACGGCGAGGGCACGGUCGCCGACGGCGGCGUCGACUCGCAGUCGCGCCCGCACAUCACGCGCAAGCUGCGAAACAAGAUGGGAGGUGGCACCUCCCCACCACCGACGCCCAUCCCCGGCGGACACCCUGGGCUGGGAAUCGGCGCGGGCGCGGGCGCCGCCACAGGGCCCGUCACGACCGGCCCGUUGCUGAACCCCCAUUCGCUCUCGGUCGACGAGCUGCCCUCCUUGUUCCCACUCCCGCUGAUAUCCGGACAGGUGAGCGGUUCGCAGAGCUACGGGUACGGCACGGGCGCGGGUGGGGCUGGGAACGGGAGGCGGAGGGCAAAGGGUGGCGGGCGCGAAGCCCACGCCCCGGGUACGCUUGGGAAAGCCUUGGGGGCGCUUUCCGUCCUCAAGGAACCCGAGUGCGAGGCGGACCUUGGGGAGAUCCGACGGGGGAACAAAAGGCGCAGGGCGGCCGCUGGGAGUCUUGCCGGGAAGGCGUGA